GUUAGCAAAUCAUCUAAUGAAUUUUUACAAUAAUCAAUGAAAGUGGUGAAAUUAUACAGUGAACAGUAUUUUCGAUAAUUUGGUUUUAAUAUUCAAGAAUUUCGCACCAUCCCGCACAGGCCCAGGAAGGCCCGUAAACGGACUAAAUGUCGUAUCGUGCUAGCCCGUAAAGAAGAAGAAGGAGAUGAAUCUGCAAAUGCAAAACAAGGAAAAUUAAGGAACCACGUACUGCAUAACAACAGAUUUAUCACAUCCCAGAAAGUUUGCCACGGCAGAACCAGCUGGGGAGAGUGUUGUGCAGCAUCGCACCUAGCCUAGCAUCAUUAUCGCGUUAGUUGAUGUGUGGUGCGAAAUAUCUCACGAGUCGGCCAUGUUUUGCAUAAUAUGGUAAAGAUGUCAUCAGCUGCUUUCGUGGAACGGUGUUGAGAUUAAAAUUAAGAGCAACCCAAUUGAAACAAAAAACAAGCGCAAUAGACACACAACGAUGCAUUGGAUCGUCAACCUCGAAGGUGGACCGAGGCGCGUUAACCAUGCUUCCGUGGCGGUGGGUGAAUUUAUCUAUUCCUUCGGUGGAUAUUGCACGGGAGAGGAUUAUCACUCGAACAGCGCAAUAGACGUACACGUUCUCAACACGCACAAUAUGCGCUGGGCACCGAUUCCGGCAGUCGAAGACGAGAAUGGUGUGCCGUGCAAGUAUCCGGAGGUGCCGUUCCAACGAUACGGCCACACGGCGGUUGCGUUCGGGCGCAAAGUGUACCUAUGGGGUGGACGGAACGAUGAGAUCGUUUGCGACAUUCUCUUCUGCUUCGAUACGAAAACACGCAAGUGGACCCGACCUUCGGUAACAGGCACGGUUCCCGGUGCUCGCGAUGGCCAUUCGGCCUGUAUCUACGAUGAGCGCAUGUACAUUUUUGGCGGCUUUGAGGAGAGCAUAGACAAAUUCUCCUGUGACGUCUACUACCUCGAUCUGCGCACGAUGCACUGGACGUACGUAAAUACGCUUGGAGAACCACCGUCUUACCGUGAUUUUCAUUCCGCCACCGUACUCAACCAUCGGAUGUACGUGUUUGGCGGGAGAAGCGACGCUGUAGCACCAUAUCACUCGCAGGAGGAAAUCUAUUGUCCAAAUAUAAAGUAUCUGGACCUGCGGGCAGAUCGAUGGUACACACCGAAAACCACUGGCGAAAUUCCAGUGGGUCGAAGAAGUCAUUCUGCAUUUACCUACAAUAACAAAAUUUACAUCUUUGCGGGAUACAAUGGCAAUAUAGACAAACAUUUCAACGAUCUCUACUGUUUCGAUCCCGAACGAAACGUUUGGCGGCAGGUGACUCCACAAGGUCAAGCACCGCGGGCCAGACGGCGCCAAUCAUGUUUGGUGAUUGGCAAACGAAUGUAUCUAUUUGGUGGCACCUGUCCCACAAACAAUGGCGAUCCAUCAUCAUUUGAUUAUAGCGAUACGCACGUGCUUGAUUUUGAACCAAGCUUGUGCACUUUGGCCAUCAUAAAAGUUCUGGAAUACAGACUCGACGUUACAAGUUUACCUCAGGACAUCAGAAUCGAAAUACGAAAUAUGUCUACACCAAACAAAAUCGGACGAUCUCUUAACAAAGGUUGAACGAGGACGCAAAUACUAAAAGACGAUAACGAACUGCCAGCUAAACACUAUAGGAAAUAUUACAUUUGGUUCGUUCUGUAUUGAAAAUACCAUCAAGUCAUUAAUGAAUUUGGCGCAAGUAAAAUACACGAGUGUACAUUAAGUGAAUUUAUUUCUGGUCAAAUAAAUUUGU